AUGACCUCUAUUCAACCAUACGGCCAGAACUGGCAACUCAUCCCAAACCCCCCGCCAACAGAAUUCGUCCUCCACCCUUCAACAACCCGAGAGCCAUUACAAGCAGACGUCUACACAGUCCGCGACGACGAAGAACGGCGCGAGGCAAUGAGAGUCGGAAAAGAGCGUGUAGAUGAAAGGAAAGAACACGCUGCGCGGCAAUAUGACAGAGUUUUCGAGGAAUGGGCUCGCUCGGAACGUUUAGCUGGUCGUGAGAUUGAGAUUGAUCCAACAACUGGACCACGUGAACCAAAGAGGAUCAAGAACCAUGAUAGUUGGAUGGCCUACCUCCUCGCCCAUUUCCCGAGAUACAAAUUCCCGAAUUUCAGCUUAGAAGAAGCGAGGAAACGUGGUAAAACAGUCAAAACAUACAACCCGCAAAUCCCCACCCACGCAAACAUCGCCGGGCCAUGUAUCCUGCUUGAUGCCAACGACGAAAUAAUCGGCGUGCUGGUCAAGAACGGCGCUUCACUCCUGCAUUCCGGGAUAAGAGAAUACGUCCCGCCUGAGAAAUCGGUAGCCGUGGCUGCAAUCGAGAAGAUGGGACGAUAUCUCCGUCCCGUGCCAGCUGAGAAUGAUUAUCGCUAUAUUCACAACGAACAUCGACAAGCUGAGAAAGACUUCCACGCUGCUCAUCCGGAGAUUUUGUUUGGGACGUUGCAUUUGGGGAUCUGGUUCAUGUUGGGCCAUGAAAGUGAGAGUACGAAUCUUGGGUUGGGGUUGUAUAAUCAGAUCCCGACGUUUGAGACUUGUGGUGGACGACCUGGUGCAAUGAAGAAGAAGCGAUUUGAAGCCGCAACACAGUUUUUGGACGACAUUACGGAGCCGGUUAUUGCUUGCGCGGCGGUCUUCAAGGCUGCGUUUCCGGAGAAGUAUGAAGUGGCAAGAAGUCAUCAUCGACGGUUUGUUGACGGACCAGGGCAGAUGCUCAAUCAGAAUAGCGAGUUGGAGUGUCAGAAUAUGGUGGUGGUGGUGGCCAAUGUGCCGGUGAGUAAUCAUAAGGAUCCAGGAGAUUCGAAGAAUAGUGUGACCACUGAGAUUGCGAGCGGACAGUGGCUUGGUGGAGAUAUGUGUCUACCUCAGUUAGAUGUCAGGCUGGAGAUUGAAGAUGGUGAUGUUUUUGUGUUGAUGGCCAAUACGGUGGAGCACGGACUUACUGAGAUUAUUGGAGACCGCUUCGCAGUCAUUUCGACAACGAAGAGCGACAACAAAACUCCACAGAAUGUCGCAUUUGAGGAUGACCAGGUUAAGCUGACCGAAGCCCAAGAGGUCAAAACCCGAAGAGAAAUGAAGAAGGCUAAGGAGCAUGAAAAUCGCCAACGAAUCGAGAUGAAGCUCAUCCAAGCCUACCUAAAAUCCACGAAGUUUGACGGGAAUGACACGAGAUUGAUGGAGUUCCAUAAACUGCGUCAAGUUGUAACACUUCGACAUAAGCUUGAUGCCGCCACGAGAGCUAAGCGUGAGAGCAUGAGGUCAUAUAGAGCCAGUGGCGACUGCAAUUGGCAAGAACUCGAGAGGCUUGAAAAGCGGCCAGCGUCUUUAUUCCUUCGGGUGACAGGAGUCGAAGCCACCAGGUUGAGAAAAGGAGAGGAUCCUUUUCGACCAGACCAAAGGACGAUGCGACCAUUUCGCGAGGUAUACAAGGAAUAUCUUGCUACCAUACGACCUCCUAUGACAUGA